AUGGCGGGCUUCAACCACAGCCAUGAAGAGGUGGCCUUCGACUCUCAGCGCAAUGUGGACCUUCGCAUCCUGCCCCUGGGAAGGUUGAUGCCUCACAGCCAGAAGUUCAUGAACGACACUCUCCAAAAUAAGGUGAACAUGAUGGAAGGGCGUAUUGUAGGCUUCAUUGAUCGCCUUCGCAAAACAACAGGUGUGGAAGCCACAGAAAAUGUUGCCAUCCCAGUGCAGGAGCCCACGUGGGUUGCUGGGCAGAUCUGUUGUGACAGUGACGAGGGCCGCCUAAACCCAACUUCCAUCGAGUUGAUGGGCUCCCUGCUGUACUCUGAAGGAUCAGUUGCCAAGCUUGACGUCUCUCGCCUGCAGAACUAUCGAUUGUACCCUGGCCAAGUCGUUGCUGUUCAAGGGGUCAAUCCAACUGGAGAGACGUUUGUAGCAAUGGACCUGAUCACCAAAUGCCCCAAGCCCAUGCAUUCAACGGCAAGUCAGCAGCUUCAGCUGUCAGUCCCGACGCCUGCAAAGUUUCGGCUGCUGGUCGCCUCAGGGCCCUUCACAACAAUGGGCGACCUUAGGUAUGGUCCUCUGAAGAAGUUAGGGGAGCUGUGCAGACAAGAAAAGUUCGAUGCUGCCUUGCUGAUUGGGCCAUUUGUGGAUGUCGAUCACCCAAUGCUCUCUAAGGGAUCCAUAGACAUCAGCUUCGAGGAGCUUUUCCAAAGUGAGGUGGGUACCCAACACUCAAAGGUCCAAAAUGCAGUCAACGUCCUUCAACCUCCCAUGCUGGGCUUCUGA